AUUUUUAUAUGUAUGGAUUGUGCAGGUUUAAUAUAAUUUUCAUUUAUAAGGAGCCCAUCGAACAUUAGGUCCUAGUGUUACAAGAGUAAGAUCAACCAAUAUUGAUGGAUGGUAUUAAGAAAAUAUUGAUAUUAUGGAAUCUAUUGGUAAUGGAACAGCAAAUUCAUAUUGGGAAAAUAAAAUGCCAAAAGAUUUUAUGUAAAUGAUUAUAAAUAACAAUUUUAUAGCAAACCUACUAUUAAUUAAGGUCUAGAUUCAUUAAUUAGAUUCGUAUAAGAGAAAUAUGUCAAAAAGAGAUUCAUACCUUAAAUAUCUUGUCCUGAUCCUAAACAAUAAUAUAUUCUAACUAAAACGUAAUAUUUAUAUUAUAUUCUCAAUUAGAACAGUCAAACCCUUUUAUUUUAAUCAAUAAGAAAUUAAAAUAGAAGAACCUAAAGUAAAAUUGGGUGAUUUGAUUGAUUUCGAAGAUGACUUUUUUGGAGUCAAAAAACCAAUUGUAUAAGUAGAAGAAAACUAAGGAUAAAAUACUCAUUAAGGUACUACACGUUCAUUGUCACCUGAAAAGGAUUUCACUGAAUUUGUACAAUCAACUUCUAAUAUUAAUCAACCUAUCCAUUCAUUACCUUCUUUAGAUAUACUUACACUCUACAAAUCAGAAUCUUAAUAAACAUAAUAAUCAUAAUAAAUAAUACCAAAUAAAAAUUCAAAUUAUGCUUAUUUAUCUAAUAUGGGAUAAUAAUAAAAUAAUGGAUUUUAUAAUUAGCAAUUAAAUUAUUAACAACAUCUUUAUUAGUAAUAAUAAUUAUAAUAAUAAUAAUAAUAAUAAUAAUUAUUCCAAUAUUAAUAAUAAUAACCAAUUUAAUCAAAUGGACCUAUCAAUAUUAUGGAUUUAUAUUCAAAAUGA